AUGCAAUUAAACAAUAAUAAUCAUUUUGAUUUUGUAUAUUAUGGUCAUCAUUCAAACCCACACAUUAAUAAAAUUAAAUUAAUUUUUGAAGAAUUAAAAUCGUUAGGUGUAACAUGGGAUUUCAGAGAAAUAAAUACAGUUAAACAAGAAAAUUAUUCAGAUGAAUUUAUAGAGCAAAACCCAAAUAAAAAAAUACCAGCAUUGGUUGAUAAUACAUUUGAAGAACCAUUUUUCAUAUUCGAAUCAGGAUCAGUUUUAAUUUAUUUAAGUCAAAAAUACAGCAAAUUCUUACCAGAUUUCAGAAUCAAUUCAGGGGUUAAUACAUGGACAGUGUAUCAAGUUGCAAAUUUAGGAUCUAGCCUUUCUCGUUAUACUCCAUCUUCAAAUGAAUUUUCACAAAAGCAGCCACAGCAAUUGGAUAGCGAAGUAGAAAGAGUAUUAAAGUUAUUAGACGAAAGAUUGGCAGUUAAUCAAUACAUAGGUGGUAAAGAUUAUUCUAUUGCUGAUAUUGCAACUGCUGGUUGGUUACUCUAUUUAAAUCAUAUGCCACUUUUUAAUUGCACAAGGGAUUCUCACAAAAAUAUUUUCAAAUGGUUAGAGUUAAUAAAUCAAAGAGAAUCAGUCCAAAAAGUUUCAAGUCAAAUUAAAGAUUCAUUAAUUAGCUUCAAUUUAAUCCCAACAAUUCGUUCACUUUAAUAAAUAAUAUGUAAAGAUAAUAAUAGCAACAACAACAACAAUAAUAAUAUAAUAAUUAAUAGUAUAAUAAUUUAAAAUAUAAUACACUUGUAAAUAAAUAUGUAAAUAAAAUUUAAAAUC